AUGCCCAUAUCUGGAUUUAGUGAUUUCGACGAGUUGUCAUCCUGCGAAACGCUUCUGUAUCACAAUGGACUACCAGGUUUGGUGAAAUAUUUCGUUAAUUCUGUUAAAGCGAUCAGUUUUACCCAUGUUUUUGAUAAGAAGAAGGUUGAUUCUUGCUCACAGUCACUACGCAUUUCAGAUGUCGCAAGUAGUAAAACAUAUUCAUCGAUUAUCAACGACAGUGAAAAAAGUGUUGUAUCAAAUUCUAAAUCUGUCGUAUCACCUAGUAAAACUUCAAAUUUUCAUAGUAACCAGAAGAACCAGCUGACAUUAGCGGAUUCUUUUUUAUUACCUGAUUCUCAUUCUGUGGCGGCUGUUCGCAAACAUCGAGGUCGACGAAGACAUGGCAAGGCAAAUGUAUUGAACUGUUCAUCCGUCUCACCAUUCCAGUCAGACCAAUCAGGAUUACUUGAAACGUCAAGUAUUGAAAAAUCGUUUUCCCCACUGAGGCUGAGCGAGUCAGGAUUGGCAGAGCCCGUAGUUGAGAAAGGAUUAGUGAACGGAGAUGCGAGCACUGUUUCAGGGUGUUCCGUUUUGACAGUGGGUGAAUCGAAAGCUGUGUGUGUGUUGACGGCGAUCGAUUCGAAGGUGACCGAUGUUGAUAAAGAAGAGAUAUCGAUGUCAAUGAAUGACGAUUUGAAUUCACCAGUUGUUUCUCGAUCGAUCAGUUCUCCUGACAGAGGUGGAGCCGCAGUGGAGCCUGUUGGUGCAGUUGUCCCUGUGAUGGUGGGCAGACGUCGGGGUAGAAGAGGCACGGUCAGAGGGAAUGUGGGCAGUGGUGAAUCGUUUUCCCCACUGAGGCUGAGCGAGUCAGGAUUGGCAGAGCCCGUAGUUGAGAAAGGAUUAGUGAACGGAGAUGCGAGCACUGUUUCAGGGUGUUCCGUUUUGACAGUGGGUGAAUCGAAAGCUGUGUGUGUGUUGACGGCGAUCGAUUCGAAGGUGACCGAUGUUGAUAAAGAAGAGAUAUCGAUGUCAAUGAAUGACGAUUUGAAUUCACCAGUUGUUUCUCGAUCGAUCAGUUCUCCUGACAGAGGUGGAGCCGCAGUGGAGCCUGUUGGUGCAGUUGUCCCUGUGAUGGUGGGCAGACGUCGGGGUAGAAGAGGCACGGUCAGAGGGAAUGUGGGCAGUGGUGAAUCGUUUUCCCCACUGAGGCUGAGCGAGUCAGGAUUGGCAGAGCCCGUAGUUGAGAAAGGAUUAGUGAACGGAGAUGCGAGCACUGUUUCAGGGUGUUCCGUUUUGACAGUGGGUGAAUCGAAAGCUGUGUGUGUGUUGACGGCGAUCGAUUCGAAGGUGACCGAUGUUGAUAAAGAAGAGAUAUCGAUGUCAAUGAAUGACGAUUUGAAUUCACCAGUUGUUUCUCGAUCGAUCAGUUCUCCUGACAGAGGUGGAGCCGCAGUGGAGCCUGUUGGUGCGGUUGUCCCUGUGAUGGUGGGUAGACGUCGAGGUAGAAGAGGCACGGUCAGAGGGAAUGUGGGCAGUGGUGUAAACGAAUUGGAGGGGGAUUCUACACCAGAAAGCUAUCAAAUUUCAAAUGGAACUCGAUUAAGUCGACCGACAUGCUCGCGUGGAUCAAGCGACAGUAAAUUGCAUCCGGAAACUGUUAAUACUAUUUUACCUUUGAUCAAGCCAAUAACCACAUGUGUCACAGAGUGUUUGCUUGAUUCAGAAGAUGAUGAUGAUGCUGUUGAUUCUAAGCACUUAGUAAAGAAAUUUCGGGAAAAUAGUGUUGUUUUAGAAGAAAUGAAAAGUGUUCCGAGUGAUGAAAACAAUAGUUUGGCUCGUUCAGUUUCUUCCCGUCUGGCUUUGUCACCAAUUCCCUACCGUUAUGAGGAUGACGUUACGAUGCCAGAAGCUUUAACUACUUUCAACCAGUUAGCUGAAAAUCAUGAGAAUUCUUCACGCAGUUUGUCAAAUUAUCCUAUCAUACCUAAAGGUCGUCCAAGUGUUACAUUCGCACCUAAUGUCGUAUAUUUCGAUAGUCGAGAUAAUUCUCAACCCAGAGUAUCUGUUGGUCCGAUUGCUUGUGAAGAGAGUGAUAUGACUCAUUUUAACAGCGAAAUGUCGACGAAACCAACAAGUUAUGAGGACUCCUUGACUCAAAGUGAAAAUAAAGAGAAUAUUGAAUCCUUUACCGAAUCAACUGCAUAUUCUAGCAUUCAAGCUUCAAAUGAUCUCUCUCCGUCCACUUCCUCGUUAUCGUUACCGAAAAUUGAACUUCCAUGGCGUACUCCAUACGAUUGCCAGUUUUUCCCAUUCAAAUCACAACGACCUCUUUCUAAAAGUUUUAUUCAAAGUGGUGGUCAGUUAAGACGUAGUAAACGGCUACGUGCACCAGCUACACACGAUCGAAAUAAAGUAGUUGUUUAUGAACCGGAUAAAGAUGAAUAUGGUUUAGUUUACCAAAAACCAGUUGGUUUAGCUAUAUUACCUGACCCGGAUGAGAUUACUAGACGUCAAAGAUUUCUCAAUCGUCUAAAACGUUGUCAAAACAAUCGUACUCAAUUUUUAAAGAUUGAAAAAAUUAAACGAACAAAACGCCUUCAAAAACUGGCCAAACGUUACGGAUCAUUAAAAGGUACCCAAAAAUCUCAAACAGAUUCUUGUGUGCGAAUUCAUUUGGAUUCGGACGUCCAAUGGAUAUCACCUACAGAAACGCGAUUACCUAUCGGCAUCAAUGAUGCCUCACCUUUUCAACAAGUGAUAUUUCCAGAAAAUGCACAAUUUUCACCAUUCAAAUUCUCUACUAUGGAAUGCUCGAGUUACAUAGUUCCUGCUUUAUCAGGUGUUUGUCCAAGUAGAACUAAGACUCGUUUACCUUGUUUUGAAGUGGAUGCAAAUCUGACGAUGAUCGUAAGUGAGGAACAAGAAAGGCGUCAACUUCAUUAUGAUCCAAAUGCUAUCAAUGUAUUCAAAAUAAUGUCAAGUCCUCCUUCUGUUCUAAUAAAUAAUAACAGAGAUCCUUACAUUCCUUACGCUGUACAAAUUGCUAAGUUUGCAAUCCCUUUAACAAAACCUUGUAUUGUAUAUAUUCCGAAAGGUAUACCGUACAAAUUUAUGAAUGCAACCAAGGAGAACUUAAAUAUUUGUCGAAUAAGAUAUGUUCUAACUUGA